AUGUCUCUAGCAGUGACGCAACAACCGCAAAGGGAGCUUGAUGCACCAAAACUUGAUACUGCUCUCGCCCAGCGGGUACAAACACAGUCACAGCCCCGAUCUCAAAUACAGUCUUUAUCCGUCGAGCCUCCUAUUUAUUCUCCUUCCGCCGAUGCCGACUCGUCUCCCGAAAACACACCUACAACAAUGAUUCCUUCACAACGACAACUUUCUGCAGCUCCUGCGCUGCCAGCCAAGAGCUCACUCCGAGCUUCAAGAUGCCUCGAUGGCCUCUUGACACACAAGCUUACCCCCGAGGGCCAAGCUCCUUUCUCUACUCCCCAUGAUGUCUACCUCUCUUCAGAAGAAGAUGCGUCUUCUUCCGCCGAUGACUUUUCCGAUUUCGAAUUCGACUCUGGCAGCGAUGAAUCCCAGUCAACUCGAAGGGGAAGUCAUGAGGACACUGCCAAGGUCGUCUCAGUUGUCUUCUCUGGAAAGCCUUCAGUGAUUGAUCUCCCUCGACGAUCAGUCUCUCCCAGCAUCAUCAGUGAAGCUUCUUCCCGACCCUCAUCAAGAAUGUCAAUUUCAUCUCGACCCCCUAGCCGCCUCCGCAGAACCACCACUCUCCCAGUUACCCUUCCCGUUCUCGACCGACGAAUGUCUUUCUGCACUACUUCUUCCGGAUCAGCCAUGCACCCACCCCGAACAAGCAGUAUGGGAACUCGUCUCGAGAAGCAACGACCCGAUUUUCUCAGCAUUGACCCUUUCGCGAAAGUUGAGCCCGAGGUCAAGGAAGAGGCCACCGAGAGGCCCAAGACACCAAAGUCGCCCGGUGUUUUCAAGCGUACACUAAGCUUGGUCAAGAAGCGAAGUCGACCUUCGCUCAACACCCAUUUCGCUAGUCAAUCCAAGGAUAACCUUUCACUUUUCACACCCACUUUCCCCAUGGAGCAGGUUCGAGAAGAACCGGGCACAGACUCCGAGGAGAGGGCCCCCAAACCCAUCCUUCAAAAGGCACCAACCUAUCACGAGUUCGCCCAAAGGAGGAUGUCCUCAGCACCAAUGUCUCCCAUGUCACCUAUGUCUGAACCCGGGUCUCCAAUGACACCUAAUGGCACACGUAGCCGUUUAAGGCAAGGAUUGGCAGCCGCCGCGAGAAGGCGAAGCGUCAAGGUUUGA